UUUCAGUCGCCUUCCUAGCCUGGUAUAUAGGCUACCACAUCUCAUUGCCGAGACUUUGGCACGUAUUAAGCAGUUCUACGGAACAAUGCGGCGAAAUGUGCAUAUGUCAGCUGACAUAUUUGAUGAGCCAGGAUAUUGAAGUACGGCCAUAGGUGACCGUGGUCAGAGGUCCCUGCCAAAUGGUACGACAUUUUUGAAGGCCAAAUCGACGAUAACAAUAUUGCAGAAUCUGCGCGUGCCUCGAUCGAUUUUCAACGAACGCCAUCACGUCAUCGCAGCUGCACUACCAUAGGUCACCGCGGCCAUGAUGUCUUCGAAUCUGCCAAAUCAGCUGCUGAGGAGUCCAAGAUGUUCAAACUGGCUGUUGUGCUGUUGAUGGGGCUGGUGUGCGCGGCGAAUGCCAAGACCUACGGGCGCUGUGAACUGGCGAGAGAGCUGGUGUCUCGUGGCCUGACUUCACGGUCUCAGGCCGGCGACUGGGUCUGUCUGGUGGAGCACGAGAGUGGUUACAGGACCGGCGUGAGGGGCGGCCCCAACUGGGACGGUUCCUACGAUCACGGCAUCUUCCAGAUCAACGACUACUACUGGUGCGACGACGGUGGACCACACAACGACUGUGGCGUUCCCUGUUCCAACCUCCGUGACAGCAACAUCGCUGAUGACGUGCGCUGCGCCAAGCUGAUCUACCAGCGUCACGGCUUCUCUGCCUGGUAUGGGUGGGUCAACAACUGCCAGGGCCACAACAACGCCCAUUUCACCAGCGGCUGCUUCUAAACAUCACGUCACCGUUGGAGCGGAGUCGUUCGUACGUCAUGAUGACGUCAGAUCGACUCCAGCACACGUCACUGCAAUUCCUUCUGAUUCUCGGUGUUUCGGCACUGGAUAGCAGUCUCAUGAAUAAAGCAUCAAUCAAA